AGACCCAAAUUUGUUAAAGAGAAUAUGGCACAAGAACUAGAGAAAGAAAGAGAGAAUGAGAUAGAGAUAGACAUGAACAUGAUGGAAGAGUAUGAAGGGGAAGAAAAUAAUGGUGCAUUGACUCACUCGCAUCUGCCAAAUACAUCUCUAGCUGAGCUAAACAUGUUGCUUGUGUUGCUUUCUUUAUUCUACUUUUCAAGCGAUGAGUGCAUAGAAUAUCAUGAGGAGAGCCAAGAGAAGACAAAAAAAGAUGAGGUUGCUGUAACUAAAACAUGCAUAGCAAGAUUACAAAGCAAGAGACGAGAGAAACAUGAGCCUAAGCUUGGGAGGAAACCAAUUUCAUCAAGAUUUCAAACUACCGUAAAAGACUCCAGGCAUGGAAGAAAAAUGUGAAGCAAAAUCUUGCUACUGCGGAGUAUUGCACAAAUCAACAUAAAGAUUGUGGAGAUAUGAUGAAGCAAGCUAAAGCGAAGCAUUUGUUUUAAUCACAUGGCAAGAUUUUUUUUAAACAAGUGUUUGUCUGCGUUAAGGUACAUCAAUAGUACCAUCUUAGAAGCUGUAGAUCAUUGAAGUAAGAAUGAUGGCGAAGCGCCAUCGUCAAAUGCCGGCCUCCAUCAGUUAACAUUCAUGAUGCCAUUAAUGUAUAUAAGAAACAUUUUCUGGUUAGUUGGGACAUGAAGUGUAGAGAAUUUGAUUAUUUGUCCAUAUUAAAAUUACAUUAAUAUAU